GUGCAUUUGGGAUCUCUAAAGUAGAAGUAUAUCUCAAAAAUGUUGAUGUUGUGGGUUCGUGAUGUUUGAUGUACAUAUACUCCCAUGUUCCAUCCCAGUUACUAUAAACAUUUUUACACGCCAGCUCAAAAGUCUACUUCCUCUUCCACCUCAUUCUCGCUUCCUCUCCCUUUCUCUCUCUAAUGUCAAAAUGGCCUCAUCAUGUUCCGGCAGUUCAAUUCCCGCUCCCGAAGCUGUACAGGUUUUAGUAUCGUUGCUUGCCGAUGAAUCCUCCAUGGUUCGACAAGCUUCCAUGGCCUCUCUUAAAGACAUUGCCGCUCUGAACCCUCUCCUGGUGCUCGAUUGCUGCGCCGCUGUUUCACGAGGCGGUCGUCGGAGAUUUGGUAAUAUGGCUGGUUUAUUUCAAGUGAUGGCGUUUGGUGUUAAAAUUCUUGAUAAAGUCGAUGCGGAUCAUACAUUUAUGUCGAAGCUCGCGAAGAUUGCUACUUCUGAGAUGAUCUCAUCUAAGGAAAUUAAUUCUGACUGGCAGAGAGCUGCUUCAGCAUUGCUUGUUUCAAUAGGUUUGCAUUUCCCAGAUUUGAUGAUGGAGGAAAUUUUUAUUCAUCUAACGGGAGCAAGCUCUGCUCUACCAGCUAUGGUUCAGAUACUUGCAGACUUUUCCUCUGCUGAUGCUUUGCAGUUCACACCACGUUUAAAAGCUGUACUUUCACGAGUUCUUCCCAUUCUUGGAAGUGUGAGAGACGUUCAUCGGCCAAUUUUUGCCAAUGCCUUCAAGUGCUGGUGUCUGGCUACAUCGCAUUACACUACAGAGUUUUCCUCUCACGAAGUGCUUGAUGCAGAUGUCAUGUCAUUUUUGAAUUCUGCCUUUGAACUCUUCUUAAGAGUAUGGACGUCUUCAAGGGACUUGAAGGUACGAAUGUCCACUGUGGAUGCUCUUGGUCAGAUGGUGGGUCUAAUUGCUAGGCCACAAUUUAAAACAGCCUUACCUCGACUUAUCCCAACUAUGCUGGAGCUGUAUAAGAAAGAUCAAGAUAUUGCUUAUGUUGCUACAUGUAGUCUGCAUCAUCUCCUUAAUGCCUCUUUAUUAUCAGAGACUGGCCCUCCGAUGCUUGAAUUUGAGGAUCUUACAGUUGUCCUAUCUACACUUCUUCCAGUUGUAUUUGUGAACAAUGACAUCAAAGAACAGUCGAAAUUUUCUAUUGGGCUAAAGACAUAUAAUGAAGUUCAGCGUUGCUUUCUCACAGUUGGCAUGGUGUACUCUGAAGAUCUUUUUGUAUUUCUUUUGAAUAAAUGCAGAUUAAAGGAAGAAGCUUUGACUUUUGGAGCACUCUAUGUCUUGAAACAUCUAUUGCCCAGGUUGUCAGAAGCUUGGCAUAAUUGCAGGCCGAUGCUAGUUGAUGUUGUAAAAUCAUUGCUUGAUGAACAAAAUUUAGGAGUUCGGAAAGCUCUUUCAGAGCUAAUUGUGGUAAUGGCUUCACACUGUUAUCUUAUUGGUCCUUCGGGGGAGUUAUUUGUGGAAUACUUAGUACGCCAUUGUGCUCUUCCAGACCAGGAAAAACAUCAAUCAGAUUCUAGAAGUGCUUAUCCUGCCUUAACAUACAGGAGAUUUGAGGUGAAGAUGGGAAUGGUCAGUAUGACAGAACUAAGAUCAGUCUGUGAAAAAGGUUUACUUCUAUUGACUAUCACAAUUCCCGAGAUGGAGCACAUAUUAUGGCCUUUUCUAUUGAAGAUGAUUGUUCCUCGGGCAUAUACUGGUGCAGUUGCUACGGUUUGUAGAUGCAUUUCAGAAUUGUGCAGGCAUAGUUCUAGUAGUAGCAGCAUGAUGCUGAGUGAGUGUAAAGCUCGCACUGACAUUCCGACUUCUGAGGAACUCUUUACGCGCUUGGUUGUGCUUCUGCAUGAUCCUCUAGCAAGGGAGCACCGAGCUACUCAUAUUCUUUCUGUGCUCAAUUUCCUGGGGCCUCUCUUUCCAAAGAACAUAAGUUUGUUUUGGCAGGAUGAGAUUCCAAAAAUGAAAGCAUAUGUCAGUGAUACUGAAGAUUUGAAGCAGGAUCCUUCAUGCUGUGAAACCUGGGAUGACAUGAUAGUUAAUUUUCUUGCAGAAACGCUGGAUGUGGGUCAGGAUGCUGAUUGGAUAAUUGUUCUUGGAGAUGCUUUUGCCAAACAAUACGAGCUGUAUACAACUGAGGACGAGCAUUCUGCUCUACUACAUCGGUGCCUUGGUAUGCUGCUUCAGAAAGUUGAUGACAAAGUUUAUGUUCGUGAUAAAAUUGACUUGAUGUAUAGACAGGCUAAUAUAGCAAUUCCUAGCAAUAGGCUAGGUUUAGCAAAGGGCAUAGGAUUGGUUGCAGCUUCUCACUUGGAUAUGGUCUUAGAAAAGCUAAAGGAAAUUCUUGACAAUGUCGGCCAUAGCAUAUUUCAAAGGGUACUGGCUUUCUUCAUUGAUAAAGCUAGAGUUGAAGAUUCAGAUGAUAUACAUGCUGGUUUGGCUUUGAUGUAUGGAUAUGCAGCAAGAUAUGCUCCUUCAACUGUUAUUGAGGCACGGAUAGAUGCCCUCGUGGGAACGAAUAUGCUGUCACGUCUUCUCCAUGUAUAUCAUCCUGUUGCAAAGCAGGCUGUUAUCACUGCUAUUGAUUUACUGGGUAAAGCUGUCAUUCGAGCAGGAGAAAAUGGUGCACCAUUCCCGCUUAAAAGAAGGGAUCAGUUGCUAGAUUAUAUUUUGACUUUGAUGGGUCAUGACAAUGAUGAUGAAUUUAUUGACACCAGUGUUGAAAUUCUACGGACUCAGGCUCUUGCUUUAAGUGCUUGCACUACACUAGUUUCAGUGGAGCCAAAGUUAACAAUGGAAACUAGAAAUUAUAUAAUGAAGGCUGUCCUGGGGUUUUUCGCUUUACCUAAUGAACCAUCAGAGGUUGUCAAUCCCCUCAUAGACAAUCUCAUAACACUUUUGUGUGCAAUUUUACUUACUAGUGGGGAAGAUGGUAGAAGUAGAGCUGAGCAGCUUUUGCAUAUUCUGAGACAAAUUGAUCCAUACAUUUCCUCUGCUGCUGAUCAUCAAAGGACAAGAGGUUGCCAGGCUGUACAUGAGAUGCUUAUUAAAUUUCAUAUGCUCUGUACCAGUGGACACUGUCCAUUAGGCUGUCAUGGAACUUGUGUACACAGCAAGCUUAUUGAUCGAAACUCUCAUGGAAAUUUCCCGAAUCUUCCAACUUCUUUUGUAUUGCCUAGUCGUGAAGCAUUAACUAUUGGAGAGAGGGUCAUUAUGUAUCUUCCACGUUGUGCGGAUACCAAUGCGGAUGUCAGAAAACUCUCAUCACAGAUCCUUGAUCUCUUCUUCAGUAUUGCACUUUCACUUCCAAGGCCAACAAAUUCCUAUUUCAAUGCAAAUGUUGAAAUGUUUUAUGGAGCCUUGUCUUCUUUGGAGGAUGUUAUAGCUAUGCUGAAAAGUGAUGCUUCUAUUGAUCCUUCUGAAGUUUUUAACAGGGUUGUUUCGUCGGUCUGUACAUUAUUGACAAAGGAUGAGCUUGUUGCUGUGUUGCAUGGUUGUACGACUGCAAUAUGUGACAAGAUCAAGCAAUCAGCAGAAGGUUCAAUCCAAGCGGUGAUUGAAUUUGUGAUUAAGAGGAACAGUGAGCUAAAUGAAUCUGAUGUUUCAAGGACAACACAGUCCCUUCUCUCUGCUGUCGGUCAUGUGACUGAAAAGUAUUUGCGGCAGGAAACUCUAAGUGCCAUAUGUGCUCUAGCAGAACAUACAAGUUCAAAAGUUGUUUUUGAUGAAGUCUUGGCUACAGCGGGAAGGGAUAUUGUCACAAAAGACAUAUCUAGACUACGUGGUGGCUGGCCAAUGCAAGAUGCAUUUUUUGCUUUUUCUCAACAUAAUGUACUUUCUUUUUUGUUCUUGGAGCACAUUAUAUCAGUCCUUAACCAUACCCCUAUAAAUAGUCUUCCUGAAAAAGGAGACAUUUCAAGUCAUGGUGCUAACCAGCACUGUGAGAAUGAAAUAUUGCAAGCGUCUAUAUUUGGUCUUACGGCCUUCUUCAGGGGUGGUGGAAAAAUCGGAAAGAAGGCUGUUCAGCAAAAUUAUGCUUUGGUUCUUGGGGCACUUACUCUGCAACUUGGAAGUUGUCAUGGCCUGGCUAGUUUGGGCCAACCUGAACCUCUACGAGCUCUGUUAAUUGCGUUUCAAGCAUUCUGUGAAUGUGUAGGUGAUCUUGAAAUAGGAAAGAUUUUGGCGAGAGAUGGAGAGCAAAGUCAAAAUGAAAAGUGGGUGAAUCUUAUUGGAGACAUAGCCAGCUGUGUGUUUAUAAAGAGACCAAAGGAGGUUCGAGCCAUAUGUCUAACUCUAAGCAAGUUCUUAGAUGAACAUCAAAAUUUCCAAAGGGAAGCUGCUGCUGCUGCAUUGUCAGAGUUUGUCCGCUAUAGUGAUGGAUAUGAGAGUCUGUUAGAUCAGAUGGUUGAAGCACUAUGUCGACAUAUAUCUGAUGACUCUGCAACGGUUAGACGGCUUUGUCUUAGAGGACUUGUUCAGAUACCUUCUAUUCAUAUUAAUCAGUAUGCAACCCAAGUGCUUGGUGUGAUACUAGCUUUGCUGGAGGAUUCAGAUGAAUCAGUUCAACUGACUGCUGUGUCAUGUCUAAAUAUGGUACUCGAUUCAUCACCCUGUGAAGCAGUAGAACCGAUUCUACUUAACCUUGUUGGACGAGUUCGCAAUCUUCAGGUAUGCAUGAAUACAAAUAUUAGAGCUACAUCUAUUACAGCGUUCGGAGUAUUGAGCAAGUUUGCAGCUGGUACACAACAUGAUGCCUUCUUAGAGCAGGUGCAUACUGUACUACCACGUCUGAUUUUGCAUCUUCAUGAUGAUGAUGUCAGCGUUCGUGAGGCCUGCAGGAAAACGCUGAAGCAAAUUGCUUCAUUUAUGGACAUCCAAGCAACUUCGACACUUGUCACUACCCAUUGUUUCCAUUCUGACCAUCGAAGUGACUAUGAAGAUUUUGUCAGGGACAUAACAAGGCAUUUUACUCAACAUAUGGCUUCCAGGAUUGGAACUUACAUGGUUUCAGCUAUUCAGGCAUUUGAUGCUCCUUGGCCAAUAAUUCAGGCUAAUGCAAUGUACUUCUGCAGUAGUAUGCUCUCACAGACAGAUGAUCAACGCAUCUUAACGCUAUACUACUCACAGGUAUUUGGCAUGCUGGUUAACAAAAUGAGUCAUUCUCCUGAUGAAAUUGUUCGUGCGGCAUGCUCUUCUUCAUUGGGAAUCUUGCUGAAAUCUAGCUAUUCACUUUCUUGGAGAUCAACUCGACUUGACCAAGCAGAGUUAAAUCGGAAAGGCCCUUGAGAAUGAAGUAGUAUCUAAACAUCCAUUGCAAGGAUCUGGACCUAAUGAAUUUGAAUAUAAGCAAUGUCUAAAAUCUGCUCACACGAGAAAUGUUUGAACGAUUAUCAUUGGUGCAGCUAUGUCGAAAAAUGGAAAGUUACAAUCUUUCAGGAAAAGGAGUGCUCAUGUCUGUAAUUAUGCACAGCCGAUUUGGAUAAUAGUUUGCCAGAAUGUACAGGAAAGGGAGUUGUGCUAACCACUGAGAAAGUUGUACACAUGCAUGUAAUUUUGUAAAAAAGACCAAGUGUAAAGUUUUUUGCAAGAGGUGAGGAUCAGGAUGUAAAUGCUUGUUUGUUCUGUAUAUUUAUGUGAGAGCCUGGAUAUGUUAAAACUAAUGUCAGGAGUAAAUUGUUGAAAAUGCUGGACUAAUUAGCAUUGAACACUAACCGCAAGCAAAAGGACAUAAUUUUUUUCCAUCUGUUCA